UCGAGUGGUUCCAUGAUGACUGGACGAGGAGUUGCUGUCAGCAAGAAAACACCUUCACUACAUCGUUCAAAUGCCUUUCUUGCUGCUGGUUUAGAAGAACAAGUUGAAAAAAACAUGAAGGAUGCAAAAGACAAACUGGAAAGUGAAAUGGAAGAUGCCUAUCAUGAACAUCAGGCAAAUCUUUUGCGACAAGAUCUGAUGAGACGACAGGAAGAAUUAAGACGCGUGGUAGAACUUCAUAAUCAAGAAAUGCAGAAACAUAUAGAAAUGCAAUUGAGGCAAGAGGAGGAACGACGUAGAAGAGAGGAAGAGAUGAUGAUUCGUCAGCCUGAGAUGGAAGAACAAAUGAGGCGCCAAAGAGAGGAAAGUUAUAGCUGA